UUUUUUUUUUUUUCCUAAAUAAUUUGGUGUUAAUAUGUAUCCUAUUUAUCCACCAAAAAAUCAAAGCGUCCGACGAAAAAUCCUGACCACAUAUGGACAUGAAAGCAUGCCACCACUACAAGGCAAGAACCAACCAAUUCCAACUGUCUUCUUCAGCUCCUCUAACAGUGUUCAGUCUGCGAGGAGAAGAGCCAUGGCAUUCUCAAUCUCAACACCCACUUACCAUUUCAACUGUUUUAGCUCAUCAGAUCUUCCCUCCUCUCCCUCUUCAUCCUUCAGGCCUUUCAAAUUCCCUCUCUUCUGGUCCUGGCAAAAGGUGAAGAUGGGUCCUCUCACUGUCUCUCCAAUGGGGUUUGGAACAUGGGCUUGGGGGAACCAGCUUCUGUGGGGUUACAAGGAAUCAAUGGACACUGAUCUUCAACAGACUUUCAAUUUGGCUGUGGAGAAUGGAAUCAAUCUUUUUGAUACUGCUGAUUCUUAUGGGACUGGCAGGUUAAAUGGGCAGAGUGAAAAGCUUCUUGGCAAGUUCAUUCGAGAAUUUCCAGGAAAACGGAUGCAAGAUGACAUCGUGAUUGCUACAAAGUUUGCUGCAUAUCCAUGGCGUCUUACACCAGGGCAGUUUGUGAAAGCUUGCAGGGCAUCAUUGGAGAGGUUGCAACUUAAGCAAAUAGGCAUAGGUCAGCUACACUGGUCGACUGCAAACUAUGCUCCUCCACAAGAGUUAGCUCUCUGGGAUGGUUUAGUGGCAAUGUAUGAGAAGGGUUUAGUUCAAGCUGUUGGAGUGAGCAAUUAUGGACCGAAGCAACUUGUAAAGAUACAUGACUACCUCAAAGCCCGAGGAGUACCCCUAUGCUCAGCUCAGGUGCAAUUUUCUUUACUAAGCAUGGGAAAAGAUCAGAUAGAAAUCAGGAAUAUAUGCGACUCUCUGGGAAUUGGCUUGAUUGCUUAUAGUCCUUUAGGACUUGGAAUGCUUACUGGGAAAUAUACUUCUUCAAGACUCCCUCUUGGGCCUAGGGCCUUGUUAUUCAGACAAAUUCUUCCAGGAUUAGAGCCUUUACUGAGUUCAUUGAGAGAAAUUGCACAGAAAAGGAAUAAAACUCUGCCACAGGUUGCUAUAAAUUGGUGCAUAUGCAAUGGUACCAUUCCAAUACCUGGAAUUAAGACUGUAAAACAAGUAGAGGAAAAUUUGGGUGCUCUUGGUUGGCGAUUGAGUUCAGAUGAGUUGCUUCAGCUAGAAUUUGCAGCUCGCGAGUCUCCCCAGAAAAUGAUCCAGAACAUUUUUCAGACAAGAUGACUCUGGGAUUACAGCUGCAUUGUGGGAAUCCUUAUGACAAGAAUCAAAGACACAGGAUUUGAAAGAUAGUCAAUGUAGGAGGUGAAGAUGAGCAGAAAUGACUUGUUAAGCUCGUUUGCUCAUCUGGAAAACAGUGGGAAAAGGUUCUUGAUUAUGUCAGCUGCAAUGGACAAGAAUCUUCAUUGAACGAUAUCAUUUUUGAUAAAUAUCAAUCAACAAGAGCUGGCUGAGAGAAUCCUUUCAGUCUUGGCCAGUGUGAUUCUCACAAAUUUUUUGGACUCUUUAUUUGUAGAAUUCGAAUGUAGAUAUUUACAGAUAUCCGCAUAUUACUUGAACUUGCUUUA